GAUGCUUCAUGUUGUAGGUAUCCGUCUACAGGCAUGGCAUUCGUCCACUUUGGAGGAAUCCAGCUCCCUUCAAGAAUCUCAAGACCUACUAUGGCUUUGCCUUAAGAACAGUGAAUGGUGACUGGGUUCCUGAUCCCAUGAUGAAUACAUUCUACCUUGGACAGCCCAUACACUUCCAAGCUACUACAAAUCUUACUGUUCCUGGGACUAAGCUUUUCAUCCACCGCUGUUAUGCAACAGCUUCGCCAGCUUUAAAUUCAACCCCCAGAUACACAGUGAUUGAGAAUUAUGGGUGCAUGGUGGACAGCAGGCAUGAAACCUGUAACUCCCAUUUUGUGACUCCCAGAACCAACAAUACAAUCAAUUUCUUUGUUGAUGCCUUCCAGUUCAACGCACUGUCCCCUCUGGUGAACAAGUACUACAUGCACUGCACAAUGGUGGUAACCAGCAGCAUGGUAACGCAGAGUACCAAGUCCUGCCACUAUGAGAAGAACACAAAAAGAUGGCGAUGGAAGAUAAGUUGGCUGCAUCUCUCUGUAGUUCUUGGAUUAUCAUGA